CGAAAAUGCCCUCUACUGCAAGCCAACUGGAACGAAGUCUAAGAAAACUCCAGGUGAGUGACUUCUUCAUCUACAAUCAAUUUGACGCGUACUGCUACUCAUUUUGUCCAAAGAUCUCAGAGUCUGACUCGCAAGAAACGUCUACCGCGGUGCAAUGGGUGCCCUCUAAAUACUACAGCUCAGACGCAUCUCAGUGCGUUCUCGUAAGGCCUCCCCGGGCUGCGUGUGGCAACCGUCAGCUGUUUGGUUUUCCUCUUAUCAAGAGCGAACUUUGGGACAUGGGGACCUUUGCUUUCAAGAAAAUUUGGCCAAACAGAACUUUACCAGACGACCAUUUCUUCAUCGUCAUGAAUUCCCUUACCCUCCUUAGGGCAUAUCUCGGUCUUCGCGUUUGUACUAUGGCGUUCGGAAAGGUGGAUGAAGGCUUAGAUAAUAUCCCAUCGGAGUGCGUAUCGUUGGGAGAGGUGCUAUUGUUAAUAUUGUGGAGGGAUACAGAACCCGAGGCAUCAUGUCCAACGCUAAGUCAAGUGCAUUUUGUGGAGGCGAAGCUUAAGCGCUCACCGAGAUGGUGGGUGGAAGUCCCAGUGCGUAUGCAUACUCAUUUCGAGAGCCGUUCAGCUGACACUCUUUAUUUUUUAGCAUCUUUGAUGAAUGGUGCGCCAACAUUCCAUGGCUGGUUACCCCACUUGUACCAACCUCAUUCUUUUUUUGCGGUAGAACUUAUAACUCUUGCACUGUGAUACAUACACUUACAUAACAUGAGACUGGACAAUAUAUUGAUAUCGUGGACGAACACGGAGGGACUGUAAGACUAUUUUUAUCCAUAGCGCCAUGCGAUCACUUGUUUUUGUCGGCUCUCAGUCAUUGGUAU